AUGACAAUCCCUUUAGAAAAAGAGGUUACUUUACCAGACGGACAAAAAUUUACAUUGCCAACUGGUUUAUUCAUCAAUAAUGAAUUUGUCAAGUCCAAGAGCGGCCACACUUUAGAUUCGAUCAAUCCUGCCACUGGAGAAAUUAACGGUACCGUAUACGCUGCUGAAGCUGAAGAUGUUGACGUGGCAGUCAAGGCAGCUAAGCAAGCUUUCAAGUCGUGGAAAAAAGUUUCGGGAGUUGAUAGAGGUAUCUUGUUGAACAAGUUGGCCGAUAAGAUGGUGGAGCAAAGAGAUUUAUUGGGGUCAAUUGAAGCUUGGGAUUCAGGAAAGACUAAGGAACAAAAUGCCGUUUACGAUAUUGACGAAUGUGUUAAUUGUUUUAGGUAUUUUGCCGGGUGGGCUGAUAAGAUUACUGGAAAGGUUAUCCAAAACGAUCCGAAUAAAUUGGCAUAUACUGUUCAUGAGCCAUUGUCUGUUGUCGGACAAAUUGUUCCAUGGAAUUACCCUUUGGCUAUGUCUGCAUGGAAAUUGGCUCCAGCUUUAGCUGCUGGUAAUGUCGUUAUCUUGAAAACGUCAGAGAUUACUCCAUUGUCAAUGUUAUAUACCGCCAAAUUGAUUAAAGAGGUUGGUUUCCCAUCCGGUGUUGUAAAUAUCAUUUCAGGUUAUGGUAAGACUGCCGGUACAGCAUUGUGUGUCCAUCCUGAUGUUGCCAAGAUUGCAUUUACUGGAUCCACUGCUACUGGUAAAUUGAUAGCCAAGACUGCAGCUGACACUAUGAAGGCUGUCACUUUGGAGUGUGGUGGUAAAUCGCCAUUGAUUAUUAGAGCUGAUGCCGACUUGGACCAGGCGGUCAAAUGGGCCGCUAUUGGUAUCAUGUCCAAUCAAGGACAGAUUUGUACUGCCACCUCAAGAAUCUAUGCUCAUGAGUCUAUUUACGAAAAGUUUGUUGAUGCUUUGUCUACCCAUGUGCAACAAGAGUACAAACAAGGUUCUAUGUUUGAUGCCGAUGCAGUUGUUGGACCACAAGUUUCGGAACAGCAACGUGAUAAAGUGUUGAAGUAUAUUCAAAUUGGUAAGCAAGAAGGCGCCAGAGUUGUAUUGGGUGGUGAAAAGAAUGCUGAGGGUGAGUUAUCAAAAGGUUAUUUCAUUAAACCAACAAUUUUUGCCGAUGUUAAACCAUCAAUGAGAAUUGUUAAUGAAGAAAUCUUCGGUCCGGUUGUGUCUAUUGGUAAAUUUAGUUCUGAUGAAGAGGCAAUCGCGUUGGCUAAUGGCACUGAAUAUGGUUUAGGUGCCGCCAUUUUCACUAGUAAUUUGACUGUUGCUCAUACUAUGGCUGCUGAUAUUGAGUCUGGUAUGGUUUGGAUCAACUCAUCUAAUGAUUCCGAUGUCCAUAUUCCAUUUGGUGGCGUUAAGAUGUCGGGAGUUGGUAGAGAAUUGGGAGAAUAUGGUUUGGAUAUGUAUACGCAAGCAAAAGCCAUCCAUGUCAAUUUAGGAACUAAGUUGUAA